AAAUGCAUAAAUUUUAUGCGAUUUUUAUGCUAAUCAUUGUGAUCGCAGUCACAGUCGAGCCAGGUCAUUGUAUCAAGUGCUACAACUGUGAUUCGACCAGCAAUGAGGACUGCACAGAGAUUAAUAAAAAUUCCGGAAUCAUAGCGGAGCAAUGCACUCCCAGCAAAAUGGCAGCGACUACUGGUAAUUGGCUUGCUGACUUGACCCGAAUCGACUACCGUGGAGGUGCCGAGAUAACCGUACCGAUGGUAUGCCAGAAGAUUGUGGCCACUAACGAAAAUGGCGACACAAUGACCUAUCGUGGCUGCCAGCUGGACGGAGGCAAAACGGACCCGUGCCAGAUCGCAUUCGGCAAGGCGAAACUGCAAACCAAUGUCGACAUCCAGCACUGUUCGAUCUGCAAGAAUGACGAAUGCAACGGCGCUGAUGUCCCAUUCGGAGGUCGCACGUCAUUUACACUGACCGCAGGCAUCACGCUGCUGACAAUGGCUCUCACCAAUAAUCUAUUACUUUAA